AUGAAAAGUGAAAAACAUCAUAAUCAUAAUUCAAAAGACCGUGGUAAUUUGGUUACAUUUAUUAGUCAUUAUACUAUAGAUAAUAUUAUAACCAUAAUUUAUAAUCAAAUUAAAUCAACAAUAACAAAAAAAGUAAAAGAAGCAAAUAUGUUUUCAGUAUUAUUAGACACAAAACAGGAUAUAUCAGUUUUUGAUCAAUGCUCUAUUGUUUUACGAUUUGUAAACAAUGGAAUGAUUAAUGAAAGAUUGAUAUCUGUAAAAUCAUGCAUUGUUUCUACUGGUAUAGGUAUGAUGAAUCUUUUACAAAAUGCAAUAGAAAUGGUUGACUUAAAUAUAACACAUUGUAUUGGAAAUUCUACAGAUAGUAGUGCUUAUAUGAGAGGGACAUAUAAUGAAUUUACUUCUUGGCUAAGUGUAGCAGUACCAUAA